AUGACCGUUCCCGCACGAACCCGCCUCUCCUUCCAGUACGACGGCAAGCUCCUGCGCCUCGAGACGGCGGUGCACUCGGUCCGGCCCUUUGCGGACCUCGAGGCGGCCAACCAGGCCCUCUUCAAGCAGGCCAGCGCCGACGAGGACCAUGUUGUCGUGACGAGGGAGACCGUCUUCCACCCGCAGGGCGGCGGCCAGCCGUCGGAUGAGGGCACGCUGGCCAUGGCUGCUGGCCAUGACGUCGCGGCCCGCGUGCCCAUUUUCCGCGUCCGGGCCGUGCGCAUGGACGCCGUCCACGACGGCCAGGUGCUGCACCUGGGACGCUACAUCGGUGGUGGUGACGCGCCUCUGGCCGCCGCCAUGGCCCCCGGCGACGUCGUCGAGCAGGCCGUCGACGCCGACAAGCGGCUGCUGUACUCGCGCCUGCACACGGCCGGCCACGUGCUUGGCUCGGCGGUGCGUAGCCUGCUCGAGGCCGAGGUGCCCGGCUUCGACGAGCUCAAGGCGUCGCACUUCCCCGACAGCGCCGCGUGCGAGUUCCGCGGCAGCAUCGAGGGCCGCUGGAAGGCGCCCAUCCAGGCGCGCGUCGACGAGUACCUGAGCCGCGCCAUGCCCGUCGAGAUCGACUUCUGGACCGACGACGACUUCCGCCGCGAGGGCCUGGAGCGCCUCAUCCCGGACCGCGGCCUCCUGCCGCCGGGCGAGGACCGCUUCCGAGUGGUGCGCAUCGUCGGCGCCGAGGUCUACCCAUGCGGCGGCACGCACGUCGACACGACGGACCAGUGCGGGCCCACGACGGUGAGGAAGAUAUCGCGCGCCAAGGGCAUCAGCAGGGUCAGCUACGCCGUCGCCGCCAACAGCGAUGUUGGCGGCGGCCAGCCGACGUCGUGA